AUGAAAUAUCAAUUGGAAAGUAAAGUAUGGCCUAAUCGAUCACAGCCAACAACUCGUAAUGGUACGAUGAUAUAUCCUGAUUUCAAUACAGGACCAUCAAAAACUCUUCAUCGAUCAGGUCCUAUAUCUGUUCAACGUGUUAAUCCAGAAACAAAAGUUCAGUCACAAGAUUAUGAUGAAUAUUUUGUUGCUGAUAAAGAAAAACAAGCACAAACAGGUCGAUGGGUUUUAAAUGUUAUAGCAGCAAAUGAAGCAUAUCGAAAACUACAUAUGUCUAAUAAAAAGGGUAAUGUUCGACAUACAGAUUCAAAACGAUCAUCAAAAAAAAAACAUAGUUUUCAAUCGAAAAAAUCCAGCAGAGUAGAACCAAUCGAGUUAUCAUCUCAAUAUAUUGAUUCACGAUUACAUCGAAUAGAAAAAAAACAUAGUAAAAAUCAAAAUAGAAAUCGAUUACCAAAUGAAACCAUAAUAAAUCCAGUACAAAUUCAUAAUGAUCAAACUACAUCUUUGUCAAGGUUUUCUAGUGCAACACCAAUUUAUGAUAUUGAAACAAUAGAAAGAUCAGUAAUAUCAUCACUACCAAGAUCAAGUAGUCGAUCAAGAGAUUAUUCAAUAGAUGAAUUUAACGAGAUUGAUGAGAACACAUGUCUAUCAAAACGAAUGUUGAUUAUAAUUACAAUAAUAUCAAUAAUUUUUAUCAUUGGUAUUUUCGUUGCAGUUUUAGUUACGAUAUUUGUUGGUCGAAGUGGAUCUACUGAUUCAAGUGGAAAGAUUCUGGAUUUCAAAUCAAUAUUAACUCCAUUAUCUUCAGAAAAUUAUUGGAUAUGUCCAAUAGAAAUGUUUAAUAUAACUGAUCCAUUUUGUGAAGGACAAAUUUCUUAUAAUUAUUAUUCAUGUUAUCAAAUGGCAACAUCAAAAUUAUUUACAAUACAAUUUGCUUUACAACAUGAUACAAUAUCUGGUCAUUGGUAUUUUGAUGGUAUUAGUGUAGUACAAAAUGAUAAUAUUCAACUUAUUGUUAAUGGUGGAUUUGAAUCAAAUUUAACUGGAUGGACACUUAAUAUAUCAUCAAAUUCUACACCAGAUACAUAUAUAGAUACAACAACAAAUUUAGCUCAUACUGGUUCGGCUUAUCUAUACGGAGCUUCGAAAUAUUAUCCGGUUUAUAUACAACAAACAUUUCAAGUUAUUCAAGGUGAAUAUAUUAAUGUAAGUUUUUGGUGGAAAUAUGAUGGAGGAUUAAAAUUAGGACACAUAUGUCAAGCUAUUGGACGGUUAAUACCAUCAUUGUGA